GGAGCAGAAGGAAGCAAGAUGGCGGCCCUGUAGGAGCGGGGAGCGCGGCGCCCGGCUGUGCGUGCUGGAUGUCGGCAAGGCUGAGGGACGCGGCGGAGGUCAGAGCGGCACCCCCGCCGCCGGCGGCUCUCACCGGCGGCCCCGCGGCUACCCGGGGAAGGGCGGGGAGGGGCGGCGGGGGUCGCGCCGCGCACCCGCGGGUGGGUGGGCGCCGCGGCCCCCCAACAUGGCUGACGGCUGACAGAGGCGGCGGGGCCCCCCUCUCCGCCCCGCCGGGCCCCGGCUUCGGCCCGCCGCGCCGUCCCCGCUUUUCGUGUGAGCGGGGGGGCGCGGGGCGGCGCUGCCCCCGGGGGGCUCGGCGCGACUCGGGGGGCUGCGGGCUGCCGGCGGGAGGGCGUCGGGCCCGGCUUUGUGCCGCUUCCCGGCCCCGGCGGACACAAAGGCGGGCGCAGCCCCGCGGGGACGGGAAGAGGAGGGGGAGCGGGGCCGGGGGGGGCGGCGGAGGGCAGGGGAAACGAAACCGGGGCCGGGGGCGAGAGGAGCGUGUGUGUGUGUGUGUGUGUGUGCGUGCGUGCGUGCCUGAGGCUGGCCGCCAGGCCUUCCCUUUUUUUCUUUCCCUUUUCUGUUGUUUUUUUUUUUUUUUUUUCCUUUUUCUGUUUUUUCUUCCUCCGUGCAACCUCCACGCGCGUGGCCGUGCCCCCCUCCUCCCCUCCUCCCUUCCACCGGCGGGUGACAGCGCGGUGCCCCGCGGCCGCCCUCGGAGCGGCACCCGGGAGCGGGGCAGAGCCGCUGCCGCGGGGCGGUUUCCCUUUCGGGAGGGCGAUGAGAGGGGCAGCGUGCCGCACCGCGCUGCUCACACGCGCUGUUUCCACGCACGCGGGCGGCAGCCGGGUCGGGCGGCAGCGCGAGCGGCGCCGCGCUCCCCGUGACGCUCGUAACGCGGCACUGAGGAGUUUCGGAGCGGAGGAGAGGCCGCCCCGGUGAAAGCAGGUCAGCGGGGGUCGCCCGCCGGCUAACGAGGCCGUGCGGCUCGCACGCUGACGGCAGGCUGCCUCGCUGCAGCGGGGGUGCGCCUAUCCGCAGCGGGUGGCCGCUUUCCCCGCGGCCGUGAGGAGCGCACGGGACGGGACGCGCUCGGGGUGGCCGCGGGCGUCCAGCCGGGAGAGUCCCGCUCUCCGGGGCCGUAAAUCGCCCUUCCUUAUCUCCGGGAGCCGGAGCGAUUUGCCUAAGCGGUGCGCGAUGACCGCGGUAUCUCCCGUCCUUCGGGCUGCCCCCGCUUUUCCCAAACGCCUCGCGUUCUUGGUGCGCGUUUCGGGUUUCUAGGGGCUUUUCUUUUCCUCGUUGCCUCAAAACCUGCCUCCUCUCACCCCUCCACGUCAAGGUAAGCCUGCGCUGUUUAUAUACAGUUCACCAUUUGCGCGUGAUGACUAAGAGCAGUCGUGCAACAGGUUUUGAUAGACUGUGGUGCAGAACACCGCCUCUUUCAGCUCUUUCCCUCUCAGACGGGCAGCGCCGAGCUGUGCUGCCCUCCAACACCUCCCAGGCUCCGGUUCUCUGGUGCUAAGUACUCGGUGCUUUUCUAAAGACUCAAAUAAAACCCCAUACAAAAGAUCAAUGCUAUUUUGCUACAUCUGUGUUAAAGGCAGUUUCGUGCGUUUCUUACCCUGCUCGGAAGUUGUGCUGUUUGCACUGUGCUUAUUUCUGUUCUGUCCCCAAAAUGCUGGUAAAUCCAGCGAGGCAAGGGCUACGGUUCUGUCUGAUCUGUUGUGGAAAGCACAGCAUGAGCCCUACCAGUGGGUCUGGGAGGGAUUUAAAUCUGGCGCUGGGAAGAGAAGAAAGGGAGGGCAAAGAUGUUAGAAGUUGAGUGUUGAGGUAGCGGGACUACCUCGCCAAAAUGAAGAACUCAGAAGUCACGUUUCAUAGGGAACAGUUCUGUAUCGUUCUGGGGAGUGGUGCCGGAAAGCUUUGUAGAUGCUUCCAGGGACCCCAGAAACUGGUCUAGCAUUGCCUGAUACAGAGUGAGUUAACAAGUACCCAAAAAGAAGAAAAGGUGAACAGGAGACACUGGGGCACCUGAGUUUGCUGAGCUGUCACUGCUCGUGGUAAGGCUUUUAACUGGGGCUUUGGCAUCACUGGUUCCUGGCUUUUCGCCAGGGAGAUUGGCACUGUUUUGAUGUAGAGCGCGUGGUCCUAGACUUUGGUGUGUCAACAUUGUUUAAAGAACACAAACCAUGUGCCUGCUGAGGAGCUGUAUUAUGACGGACAGACUUCCAAGGCCUCGUGUUGGCACCAGCGCUGCGUUGGGUAACAGAAGGGGGAGGCUGUCAGUGUUUGGGUUUCUGCAUGUAGAGUCAGGAGGCUCUCUGGCUGCUGCCGGCACCAGAAGGGACCAUUCUCUUACCCUGUGAGUUUCAGAUGUUUUGGGAUACAGCGUUCCAUGUGGUUCUUUUCUAGGUUAGUAAUGGCCAAGUGGCUCUAAAGGAAAAACCCCAUGCUUUGGAACAAAUCUGCUGUUUGGAUGUUGAAAAAAAAGAUGUGAAGUUUGGGUUGCAGUGAUGUUACCGACCCAGCGGAGUGGUUCUUACAGAGCGUGGCUGAGCGGUGGCUUUAAAUCACCUGCUCUGUUUCGUUCCGACUUGUAAACGUUGAGCUCCUGUAGAAACAAGGGAUGGUUGUUUUUGCGUUGUCUGCUUUUCAUGAUGCAAUUUCAGAGGAGCUGUCAGACGUGGCUUGUCGGGGCGACCCUCCUGUCUCCCUCGUGGAGUGCCGCACAGUAGCUGGAAGCGUGGUAGCAGCCUCUGUGAGCCAGCUUCGCAACUGGAGCCUGAACGUGGUGGGACAAAGUUGCCAAGUUUCAAGUAGAGUUGGUGGUUAUCUUGGAAACAGUGCUGGGGAACACAACCACAAAUGAUUUUGCCAAAUAAUAUACAGUAUUUAUUUAGUCCAGCUCUCCGAUUGCUGCUAAGGCAGUCAGCCAGCAGCAGUGAGCGUUGUGACAUCACUUUGAAAGGCAGCGUGCUGCUUCUGAAACGGAGUGGGAUGUACUAUGAUUCAUUUUUAGUUUUUUUUUAAAGCUGUAGUCUGAACAGAGAUAAAGCAUAUGACUGCAUCAUGGCUGAGAGCCAAAAAGGGAAUUAUAUGAAUCAAUCACACUUGCAGCAUUUUUCCGAUCUCAUUCUCCAUAAGGCAGUGAGUACCUUCUUACUCAUGUAAUGAUAUUCUGUAGGAAAUGUAUCCUUUUUAAACACUGAACAAGUAACUAGUAACAAGUUGCCACAGCUCAAGCUGGUAUGCUUUCAGAUCGUCACUGAUUGCAUGUGCAAUUUGCAUAGCUUGUCCCUAUAUCCUAGGUAAUAAAGUGGUAGAAAUGGAAAGUACCAUGAGUAAUCAUCUUCUCAGUCACCCAUUGAAAGGAAAUCACUUCUGCCUUCCCUGAGGGCAGACAAGUCUCUUAAAAAAUGGAGAGGGAAAAAAACAACCACCCAUUUCUCAAGGAAUUGCUCAGUGUGUGGAGGUGGAGGGGUUAAGGAAUGAAAUGGUGAAGUUCCAGCAUCAGCUGGACUAAUCCCAAGGACAGCUGAUGACUGACCUGAAAAGUUGUUUGGAUUAGAGUACUGGGAGUAUGUCUCAUACUGUGUAGCAGGGGCUGACAGAAGGUAGAGAAAACCAAGGCUGGAAGCAUAGAAAUAGCUAGCAGCUAACUUCAUCCACAUCUCUCACACACUGUGAAUGAAACCAAGGGACAAAAAUGUCCUGCCUGGUAAGAGCAUCAGAAAGCACUAUUAGUUAUUGAUACUAAAGGGUUGUAAGUCUGGGGACAACAAAAAGAGUUGCUGUGCUUUGAAAAACAAGUUAACAAUUAAAAGACUUAAAGAUUUAAAUUGCUGUCUAUCUUUUCAUGCAGGCUUCAGGUUUCAUCUCUGUGAAACACCUUCUAAAAAGCUGAAUCAUCUCAGCAACCCAAACAGAAUUCAGGCUCUCCUUCAAAGCCCAAGUUUCUGGGGGGCGGGGGGUUUGCCCAGUUGGAGUGUUAUUGCCUUAUAGCAUACAUACGAUGAGAAGCUCCAGUAGGAUUAUUCUCACAAAUAAAUAAAGGUUUGUAGCAUUGAGGCUUUGGUUUGACCUAAUUCUUGGUGUGUUUGUGCCUUUAGAAACAAACAACAAGCCCACCUUGUCUAAAAAAAUAAAUAAAAUGCAUGCAUCUCCAUUACAGUCUGUGGAAGAACAGACUUAUCCUAUACUUGAAUUGAACAAGACAGGAUGGAAAUGUUGAAUUUUCCUAACCAAGUAAAGCACGGCUUUUAAGAUAGUUUCUCCCUCUACCAGCAUAUAAAAGGUCUGUUUCUUCAGAAAUGUAUUUGAAUGCUGAAACAAGUAAGAAUUCCAUGAUGAGGUAAGGCUGGUGCUUCCACAAGUCCCUAUGAUUCCACUUACCAGAGAAACUUUCCAAGCUUUGCUAACAAGAUGGCACUAUGAAAAAGCCUCCGUGGUCCUGGAUGAGAGUGAUUUUUGUUUGUUUGUUUUCUUUUUUUAGUUGUAAAAAGAAAUGAAGAGGGAAAUCUGAUUCAUAGAAAGCAUGUUGUAUUAGGAAAAGUGUGUUCCUCCCAUGCGAGGGAGCAAAGCAGUGAGCUAACAAAACCAACAAUAACUCAAUAACCACAACGUACCCAUUGGAAACCCCCUCCACAGGUACAGGGCAGUACCCUGGGCAUUUUCUAGUUAAUUAUGAUGAUGCAAUUUAAGCAACAUGAAAUACCCUCAUGUGUUUUACGGCAUCGCUUCUGACCUCUAGCAUAUUCCAACGACUUCUGCAUUCUUUACUUUUCAUGAGCUGUGCUAUCUUGAAUUUUACAUUUUGUUGACUAAAACUUAAGCAAUACUUCUGCUUAAUCUUCUCUCUAAUAACGCAUGAAGAGCCCAAGCUGUGUCUUCCAAGUGUCCUGGCACGAGCUGCUCCAAGUCCUGUCGCGUUGGGAAAGGAUUUGGCACCAGUGCAGUGACGCCCCAGCCUACCCAGUGGGUAGAUGCUGAGGUCGGCGAUGGCUCCACGCGGCCGCACGCACGUGGCUGAGUGUUUACAAACAGUGUCCCAGCAUCCUGGGCAGCAGCUGCCCUGACGCGGCCCAGAGUUCUAGGAACGUCCCCGCUCCUCAUGGGAGCAAGGGGAAGAAAUCCAGCGUGCGGAGCUUAAGAAAACAUUGUAGCUGGCUUUUUGGCUGGGCUUGCUGCCUCUGUGUUCCAUUCUAGGUCAUUGGCUCCGUUCUCCAAUGCCGCCGUUUUCCCCUGCGCUUGAACGCGUUGGAGUGGGCUGACCCAGAGUACAAGACAUGGUUAAGGGAACUCAACCAUGGUUUCACAUGAUUCCUCCCCCUUCCCUUUUCAGAAGCUCAUGAGGAAUCCAGUCCCAAAAGCUUUCAUGACAGACAGCUCUUAGAAGUACAUGAAUCCCACCCUAAGUUGUCAAUAUAUUUUUUCUUUCAUUAGACAUGACUCCCUGCCUGCUCAAGUAGUAGAACUCUUUUUUUUUUCCUCUUGAAAAAAAAUGAAUAAGAAAUCAUGAAUGCUACUAACUUUAUAAGUGAAAUCAAAUAGCUGAAAGUAUUACUUAAUGAGAUGUGUUGACACAAAGAGGUGUUGCUAUUACAAAAGCUAAUACCACUGCAAGGCAAGUUUGAGAUCUCCAUUAGACGUAAGAAGCUCAGUGGUGAUUUCGGCAUUUGCUCAACCAAAAGGAUCAUGCCACCAAUCUGCUGGGAUUUUUUUCUUAAAGUGUUGGUAAUUAUCAAGGCUGUCUUGCAAGGUGGCUUCAGGAAGCACAGACAAAAAUGCAUCUCAUUGGCCAGAAGCACCCAGCUGGCGAUAUUCCUGGUGCCAUCUCCUGUGGACCUAGCCAAAGCUGUCAGACAGGUUCUGAUCGGAGGAGACUAUUCACACCUGUGCCAUGUGCACUGUAUCUCAUCCUGUGCACGUUUUUCAGACUCUUUCAUGCAGGUCUACUGCAAGCUUGGGAAGGUGUAUAGAAUACAUCACUCUCAUUGUAAAACGUGACCCAAGAGCUGUUUCUUUUCCAUACAGAGAGGUUGAUACAAGUGUCUCUUCCUUAUUCUGAAUUUGUCUAGAUGAGUCAUGGCAUUCAUUAUCAUACAACAGAGUUUGAAGGCCAGUGCAGUUGUGACACGUGUGACUUUUGACAUUAGAUGUAUGAUUGCACAGGUUGCUUCCUUUCACUCAAACACUGACUAUGAUCAGGGUAUUUUGUUACUGCGCUCCACUGGUUUCUUUCUCUUCAGUCCCCUUCUUUGCUGGGUACAAUGGUUUGUGUCACAUCCAGGGCGUGCUUUUGUUUCACCAAGCUCCUCACCUUCUUUUGUUCCCUUUUCUGACUUUUUUGACCCACAGUUCCCAUUACUCUUGCAGCUACUGUGCUAGCAGAAGGCAGUGAGCCAAAACAGAGAACAGAUAAUAUACGAAAAGGGCAUUUCUCAGUAUGCGCUACUUGUUCCUCCUCUUGCCACUUUCAGUGCUGUUACAGGGAUCAAAGGGCAAAUAUUACCCCUGUUCCUGAUGCUGACGCUGGAGUUUUGCCCUCAACUUCAGUGUCCUUUAAUCACCUCCCUCCCUAUUUGUUCCUUUGCACUGUAGACAAGUGUUCUCACAGCACUCACCCUUGCGCUCCUGAUACUUGUUUCAUCUUUGUUUAACUUGUUUGUUCUCACAGUGCUCCUUCACUUGUGUCUGAAGUCACGUACUUUGCAGUUAUCUAAUUUUUAUACUUGCCAAAGGACAUACAACUCUUACAGCUCUUAUGUAAGCAGAAAGGAGAAAAGAACGACUGCAUAUUUCCUCCUAUGCCAAAGUAGCGUUGCUGACCUGUCCAUGGUAAAACAAAGAGAAUGAACUGCUGCAGGAAAGCUGGAGUUGCCUCCCUACCCCCAAAAUCACUAAAGUUCACACAAAUGAGAGAUUUCCAUGGAGCUUAAAGUGAACGUAUAGCUUAAUAAAAGGAGUGCAGUUCACUCCUGAAAGAGAACACAUGAAAGCUGGAGGAUGUACUGGACUUUCCUUUCCCUUGGAUUGGCAGAAUCCAAGCGGGGGUGCCUGUGUGUAUUAAAGACCUUCAUGUUUUGUUUAUUGAUUUAUUUUUCUAAAAGGUGAGCCUUUCAUUCCCACUCUGCUCCUUUGCUGUCUUUUCCAUUUUGCUUUCAAGAUGAGGAACUGGGAAAGGCUGGAUUUCACCCCUUUGUAUCUCCUGGCAGACAUUUUGGAGAGAAAAAAAAAAUCAGUGCUAGUGAGUCCGCAUUUCCCACAGUCAGUUUGCAGGAGCGACUGAAAACAGUGAGCAAAGAGGGCAAUGCACUCUUGGUAUUUAUAAACAUGAAAAAUGCACAAAAGAGAAAAAUGGUCUUUCAGCUUUUCAUUGUUUCUGUGCCACUCUCCAUUCUUUCCAUGGAGAAUUUGUGCUUUUUAAAAAAGUCUAGACCUGAGCUUUUCCACUUCUGUGUAGUCCUUAUUGCACAGAAGCAGCUUUUGAAGGUACGAGAAAGAAGUGGGAAGAAUAAGAACUAUGCUGAUGCAUUUCCUUUCUCUCCAUUAUUACAUGUAGUGCCCGAGAAGUGGAAGAGGUUAGGUAGGGGAAAAUACAUCUUCUUAUGCAAUUUUCCACUGUGCUUGUGUUGUGCAGUUGACAGUAUGUUAGGUACAGGUGGCUUUUUUCUUCCCCCACCCCCGGUGCUGUCAGCUGACUUGUGAUCCUGUGAACUGAUGGCAGCCCCUGUGCUUUUACAAAGCCCUGUUCAGUUCCCUGUGCUUUGCAGAGCUGUCACAGUUGCCCUAUGCAGAUACACUGGCAGGAGUAUCUCCAUGCUUUGUAGCAACUGAAAAAAAUAGUCUGGGGGAAUUUUUUGCCCUUUCGGUGGUAAGGGAAAGGAAAUGGGUGGGACAGUGCAUAUAGAGAUGGAUUUAUUUAUUUAUCAUUAUUUAAAAAUAAAAGUUUCCAAAGCAUUUGCAAGUUAACAUAUUUCCUAGAAAAUACAUACCCUAACUGAUGGGGUGGAAAGAAGUUUUGCUUCUGGAAGGGUGAGUCUGUAACUACCUACUGAACAGCUGCUCAGAGAUGCUUUGUUGGGUGAGCUGCAGCAUGAGUCGCAUUUGGGAUGGCAACUCUGAUGCUUCUAAAUACAGGGAGAGUGAAUAGAGUGAAAUUAAUUACUGUGCAUUGGGAGGCACCUCAUAUCCCAGCUGCAAAACAGAGUCCCACUGCACUCAGGGCUGUACAAACAUAAGCAGCAAAAGGGAACAAAUGUGGCUUAACUCAGUGAAGGAGACAGCAACAGAAAAAGGAAGCCUGGCAGUGUAUGAGGGCCAGAAUGUCAGGAUGUCAGAAUGUCAUUUGUUUAUAAAACAAAGCAGAGGCAGACAGCUGCCUUCCAAAAGCCUAAAUAUUUGCAGUAAAUAAAGUUAAGCUGCUAUUGUUACCUGCUCUGUGUGUGCGCAUGAAGAGAAGUCCCUGACCAGCACUGCAGCAGUCUUUUCGCUGGGGUGCUAUUAAUGAGAAGGCAAAACAUGUGCAGAGUAAGAGAAAGUGUGUAAAAUUAAUAGGCAACAACUGAGAGCCAAAGCUCACAAAACGUGGUACAAACUCUGCUUGAGCCAUUCAUUUCAGUACUGUAGAAUAAAACCUAAAAGACAUACAGGAAAGCUGUGGUGUAGCUGGGAAGUGAACCCGUAUCUCCCAUGCCCCAGUGCUCUACCCAUGGUACCCUCCUUCCUGCUCAUUCAGAGCUUUGUAGAUAGUUUUCUUUGCUUACUAAGAUAACAGAAGUAUCAAUUCUAAGAAACAGAAACUCGAAUCAGAAACAAGUGGCUUUUCACUUUCUUCAGAAGAUGUUUUUCAGUAACAUUUUCUGUUAAUUGACAACUCAUCCAGUUUUUUAGUUUUGGAGGUUUUUUUUUUCUGUUGUUGUCGGUUUGUUCGUUUUGCUGGCCAAGCCUCAGAACCUUUAAAGCAGCACCACUUGUCCAGCACAACCCAGCAAACUGUACCUUGAGAACUUCAUUCAUCUCCUCAGGAAAGGGGACUGCUUUUGUGCAGUGCUUUGUCCCCUGAGACCCCUGACUCAAGUGAGAAAAGGUGCAGGGAAGGGUGUUAGCAGCCUCACUGGUGCUGCAGAUGUUUCCAUGCACCCUCCAAACAAACAGGCAGAAUCUCAGAAUGAGCUAAUUUUUAAUUAAAAAUAGUAUGUUGCGUCGGUUAAUUGCAGUGUGUGGGAUGGAGUUGUGUAAUGCCAUUUCAGUAAGUAGGUACUACAGUAACUCCCAUUAACCUUUAAUACCCUUGAUCCUCCUAUUCAUUCAGGCAGGAUUUCCCACAGUCUGCGAACUGUUCUGUACGCCAGCCCCAACCUACCACGCGAGUUCCGUUGUGAUCUGUUUUAUCAAUUAAUGGUUUGUCACGGUUCACAAAUGCUCAUACUGACAUCAUACUUGGUAAAGGAGCUCAAAGAAGAAUUAAAAAAAAAAAAAAAAAAAAAAAAAACAAACGCAAAUGUAAUUUGCUGCCAGAAAGCCUCUCUGCACAGGCAGACUGUGUUGGUGACACGACCCGAGGAGCAUUUGGAACAGAACUUGAACUAGAGAUGAUAAAUUGUAAUGCUGUCCCUUUGGUCAUUGGGAGUUCUUUGCUGUGGGCAGCCAUAGCUCAGGCUCCCCAGUUUGGCCCGUAGCAUGCUGAGCAAUGCUACGUGCCUUCAGAGACUCAUGAUAUGAGCCAUGAUGAAGUGCUUUCGGAAACAAAAUCUGAUGGGUAAUUUAGCUCGGCAGCGUUCCCUUGGAUGCUGACAGAGGCAGUUGACCAUGAAGGACAGAUAGAUUUUCCCCGCCAUGUUUACAGAUCCAGCCGUGCCGCAUGCCACCCCACAGAAAGAUGGGGAGGUAGCACAGGGGGUUGCCUGCUCACUCUCCCAAGUUCUCACUCAUCCCCAGGCAGUUUUGAGGUUUGGCAGCCGGGUCCCACGUGGCUCGCGCACGUGGCGGCGGUGUUUACAAACACUGUGACAGGCUGGAGGGUGCCACACGGCCGGGCCUCACUGCCGCGGCAUGCCGUGUGCCAGCCCAUUUCUCGCCUGCAGCAGUCGCAGCAAAAUGCAGCUCUGACGGAGGCCGCUGGCGCCUUUAGGUUUGCUCAUUUUACGUUUAGGCAACAUACAGUCCGACGUUUUAGAGCACGGUUGUCCACAGUGAGUCAAAAAUAGAAACUUUAUUGCUCGAUAGAGUAGUAGCGCUGGAGAGCGCUAGCUAGACGCUCAUGCAACAGCGAGGAAGGUGCUUUUCUGCUUUCCAGAGACGUUGCUCAGGAAUUGGGUAACACUUACAGUAGGGCAGAGUUUCAGAAAGGAAAUGAAUGGAUGCCUUUUCUGCUUCCCCUUAACGAGCCUGGGACCCCUUUCCCUCCAGACUGAAGGGACAAGUCUUGACAAAAUGCAAGGUGCUUGGAGCAGCCGGUGUUUGAACCCACAGCUGCAGUAUCCUUAGGAGAGGACCACUUGGUUUUCCUUUGUUUUUGCAGGCCAAUGGCAUACAGCAAGAAAGAGGUUUGGACAGCUGUGCGUUGCCGUAUUAAAUGGCCUCCCAUAGCUGGGUCACACAGAGACAAAGCAUGCUUAUUUCCAGGCUCAGCUGAAAUGUAUUGACUUACUUUUUGCUGCUCUCCUCGUGAGUUCAGAGUUCAAGGACUCGUGUAUCUACUGUACCUUGAGUUCAGAUAACCAGAUAGAACACACAGAGAGAAACAAACAGAAAAGCCUGUUCUCUUCGAAGACAGGCAUUUUUUCACACUGGUUCCCCUGUUGUGUUUCAGGGUGUGCACUAUUUGUUCUUCCCCUUUUGUUUCGCUCCCUCCCGGCCCCCUCCACAGUGCUGCACGCUUGCCCGCUCGCAGCCGCCGCUGGCUUGCCGGCCUGAGAAGUGCAAACUCAGCAGGGAUUGGUAACACUUUAACUCUUUGUCCUAUUCUCAGCUCUCCCAGCAAAGGUCAAAGCAAACAAGACUUACAGCUGCACUUGAAACAGAAUGGUAGAGGAGGGAGGGACGCCUGCAACGGGCUGUUCCCCCUCCUGCCUGGUUCUACUCCAAGCACGUGAAGUGCGCGGCCAGGGUGAGAUGAAACUUUCCAUAGGCUUUGGGAGCCGUAUCUGCUAAUUUCUCGUGAACAGGAAAUGAAAGACUCAUGACUUUUGUUUGUGCCAACCAUAUCUGGCUUUGUGCAACCUCGGCCGAUGAACAGGAAUAAUUUAGGAGUUACUUCCCCAAAUGCCUGAAACACGGUCUUAGUUUCAUUGGUGCAAAGCCAGCAAAAAGCUAUUACAGACACGACGUCUCGGUUAUCUGUCCUUGAGGUCAUUUCAGAAACAUUGGCAACGUGCCCCUAUACAAUUCUCUUCCCUAACAGCCAUAGUUUUGCAUUGUGUUGAGGGGCCACGCCACUCCCUCAAUUUCACUGAGGGCAGUAAUGUGUUUUGUUUGUCGUGAGAACGUUUCAAAGCCCUGCCAUUUGCUCACUGCCGAGCAAAGGAACAUGCCUUGACGCCGCCAACACUAGCAUGGGUCCACCUGUGCCGCACACAGGGAGAAGGUUCCCACUGUGCCUCCUGCCAACCCGCCAGCCCAUCCCACGUGGCCGCGAGGCCAGCGUGCCGGUCAGAGAGUUGGCGCAAGAGAGUUGGCGCAAGCCGGCUCAGUGACAUCGAUCUGGCGCCACGGUUUGCCUCUCCGCCCGGAGCCCUGGCCGGUUUCGAUGCUUCGCCACGUGCUAACGCACAUGGUUUCAGUGUUUACAAACAUGACCCCAGAAGUCUUACGGGCGUGAGGAAAGAGCCAGCAAAUGCCGCAUGGCCUGCGUGAGGCUGACCCGGCCUGCUGGCGCCAGCAGCGAGCAGCAAGGCGUGCGUACAGAGCGCAGCCUCUGAGCACAUACCACACACACAGACGAUUUUGCUUCCAAAUUGUUUUGAAAUAUCAUUGCCACCAUGAGAGAAGUUUCCGCCAUAAACUAAAAAUAGUUACUAUUAGCUAGCAGGAGCAGGCAAGUGAUUCAGCGACUUGAGGAUAGAAGCGACUGUGUUCUUCGGCACCAUAAGUUUGUUUCUUUGCCCAACUGACUCAGAAAGUAUUUUCAGUGGUAAGGAAGUGCAAAGCUGGCUUACUUUGGCUAAAAUGAAAGAACAUUGCUUGAACGUGUGGUUCCUGACUGACGGUUCCACUCUUAUUCCUUUAUUAACACUUGCAAUCACGCGCUAAUGAAUGCUUUGCAGUUGGGUAUCGAUCAUCUAUUUAGGAAAAAGGUGGCUUAGUAGUUUCAAGUGACACACCGUCUACAAAAUGUUAAUGCCACUGCAAGGCUGACUUGAUUUUUGGCAUGGGCCUUGAGAGAGAAAUGUGUAGCUGAAAUGUCCCUCUAGCAAACCAGGCAUUACACUCAACUGCCAGAUGUCCACAUUUCUUCUCCAUAUGUACUUUCUUAAGCACUGCCAGAUAUAUUAAAUGUUUAUUAAAAAAUAAAAUCUAUUUGUCUUUUCUUUAUCCUUGAAGUUCUUCAAAGAAGUUUGUGUUGUACUCCCAAUUACUUGGAAAUAGUUUCUUUUCUAGAAGUUAGCAAUUUAUUGUAAAAUGGAAGUACAUAGUCAGAUGAUUCGUUGUUGACAGGCUCCAGUGCUCUUUAAGUCCUCUCAGAAAAACAUGUAUGUGGAGGAAGACAGGCUAUACAACUGUGACUGGUUGCCAAAGAUAAAUACAGCUUUCUUGAAAAAGCUGCUAAACUAGCAAAAAUAACCCAUGCUUAUUAAUAAAUCACUUCCAAUUUUUACUUCUGGAAUCAAACAACUUACUCCUAGCUUUACAAAAGCCUACUAAAUGCUGAAGGGUUGUUUGGUUUUUUUCUCCUCAGACAGAAUGGUUGACCUUUCUGAGGUAGACGAGAUAGUAGAAAGAUCAUAGUUCUAUUUUAUACUUGUUACUAUGAUACAUCCUGGUGUUUGUAAAUAUCAUAAUGGCAGAGCCCUUAGGAAAGACAUACUAUGGGCUUCUUGGUGCUCUUUUCCAGUACACUUCAAUCCCAUUACUGAAUGCAACUUCUGCAAGUAUAAAGCCAGCCCAGAGUCUUCACCUUUUCCAUCCAUAUCCGUGGCAGCUCUGCAUUAGUUGUCAAAGAUACUGCAGAUAUUUUUUGUUGUUUAAACAACAUAAGGCAAAGAGGCCAAAGCGUGCCUGCUCUGGGCUGGUCACCAGCUCCUUUCGUGCACUCCAGUAGCUCUCACCAGUGCAGGUGAAGUGCUCUGCAGCUCUGGCCCUGGCUCAGCAUUUGUUUUGUCCCACCUCCUAGCUAGCUGAAUGUUGCAUUCAGCAUGUGAGCAAAUGUAUUUCUGCCAGUUGUUGAUACCUUUUCUCUGCUGAAUGUUCAUUAUGAUGUUCAUUACAGUGUAUACAAUGGAUCUAGAAAUAAGAAUGGAAGUACUGAAAACAGGUCACUGCUGUGUUACUAUUUUAAGAGUUCUUUGUUGCACGUCUUCUGCCUGAGGAAAGAAAAUCCACCUUACAGUGAAUCUGUAUGAGUGUGGGCGGCCUCGGAGAAAGGAGACCCAACAGUCUUAGUGUAAAACCUCUAAAUCUGUAUAGGUUUUUUUCUGGGUACUCCAUAGUACAUCUUCUGGAGUCUUUCUCCAGAAGUCCUGAAGCAUUUUUCAAGAUGUUCUGAGUCAGAAAGCAUCAAGAUUUACAAGGACUUGUUUAUUAGUAUUUAUGAUGGCUGUGGGCUUUAUCAGAAUAUUUGACUUAACCAGGGGAAGAUCUAUACAGAUACGCAGACAAUGCAUCUAGCGCAUCUUUGACUCACAGAGCCUUCUUGCUAUUACCGUUAAUGAUAUUUUCUUAAACUAUAAGACUCUCUUUCAGUGAAGAAAAUAUAAUGAAAUAAAUGCUUCUUAUGAUGAAGAUUAUUUUAUUCAGUGCUUUCAAGUUGGAGGCAGGGGGUAAAAGAAUAUUGUAAGAUUUACCACUGUAUGCUACAGGGUGAGUAACCACCAUUGUGUCAGUUUAGAUGAGUAUCUCAAAAUAAAUGCAGACUCUGUCAUGAGUUUGUCCUCUAGGUAAAAAAAGUAAUGGAAAUCUUGUUUAACAAGUUCAGCAAAAGGCACACCUAAGAUUUAAUUAUGCCUUCAAAUGCAUAGGUGUGAUUCUUAGUAAAGAGUUUUACCCAGCUGCCAGGGAACAGUCUCAGCACUCUGUAAUUUUUCUCAUAUGUAGAGCAUUCACUGAUCAAUAAUCAUGUCAGUCCAUAGUUAGGGGAAAAGAAUUCGUCAGUGAAACAAACAACUAUCGUCAGCCACAGCUUUCUCUGCCGUGGGUGUGUAUGAGAGAUUCUUGACCAUAUUGUAACUUUCUGCCAAGCUCCUCUUCCCUACCACCAGCAAAGCCAAUCUACCAAAACCCAAGAGAAUAUGGAAAAGAGAUGAAAGAACACCCAUGGUAUUUACCGCAGGGGUUUUCCACUAAUAUCUCUUAAUGGGAUGGGAGCUGGGAAUCUUGGAUAGGAUCUGAAUUGCUCUAUCAAAAUUUGCAGCACCAGAUGGAGCAGAGGGAGGACUCCUUGACCCAGGAGAGCAGAAAUGGACCACAUUUUCCCUCUGUCUCCUUUACUAGUUGUUUUCUCAUCAGAACAGAGUUCCUUAACAGGCCAACAGCUUAUUAUUUUUGCGCACAGAGAGGAGAAUACACAGGACACCUGCUGGCCAAUACAUUAAGUUAUGUUAACAACUGCCUGUAGCAUUUGAAGGCAAGGUAGGAACAUCGACAAACCUGCAGAGUAUCUGCUCAGCACAAACCACAGGCACAAAAUGCUUUCCAGAAGUGCUUAAAAAACAGCAACAACAACAAAACUUCCCAGAGGUGUAUGAAAUAGCCAAGGAAGAGGCCAUUUAAUCUUUUUCCUUUCCCCCAAGCUAGAUGAAUCGUAAGUCUCCUGCUUUUGAUAAAUACUUGGACAAUCUCGUCUUGAAGACCUCUACUAGCCGAGAUUCUAUAUUAUUCCAAGUCUCCUCUUUUUUAUCAACUUUAUUCUUUCUGGACAGAUGCAACAUUCCAGCUGAGGCUGUGCCAAGGCUGAGAAGACAAGUAACUUUAUGCCUGACAAAGGCACAGAAAUGGGACCAUAGCCUGGCCAAAAAUUGUCUUUUUUUCUCAAAAGUUUUUAACAUCAGCUGUUCAGCUUGUCACCCACUGUAACUCCCAGAACAGCUACCCAGGCAGUUUCUGACUCAGUGCCUGCACUCACUGCUGUUUCUGCCUCUUGAGAUACUGCCUUUGAAUUAACAACACAUGAAACCCCAGAACUUCAGAAAAAAGAUUACCUUGUGACAGCAGAUAAACUGUCAUCAAGUAGGAGGAAAUGAACAUGGGGUGAAUUGCAGAAUGUGCCAUUAUGCACUUUUGUGAAGGUCUGUUGACUCACUAGGCUGUACGGUUUCUUAAACAAAGACCACGUCUUCAUUACCUUCAUUGCUGCUAUUUCAUGCAUAGCAAAGUGCUCUCUCACAGAAGAUGAUCUGCCUCUCUCCUGUGGACUUAAAAUGAAGAAGCUGGCCAGUAAUAAGACUCAUGAUAAAGGGGUAAUGCUGUGUAAGCUGGAAGCCAAACCAUUGGGUUGUUGUAUUACACUGCUCUAAGAGGGUUUCAGUCCCUAUCAGGCAUUAGGUGGUCAGAUGCACUCUUGUCUUCCAGCAGCCCCUUUUUCUCAUCCUUUCCAGUUCAGUUUGUGACCAUACCCAUAGCCUUACUUCAGUGUCACUCCUACCCCUUUUAUCUUUCUCCUUAAGUUCCUGUGACAUCAAACACCUUCAUGAACAUUGUUUCUUUGCCACAGACUGAUAGAUUGUCUUGAUGGAUAUAUUGCUUCAGACCAAACCUCCACCCCUGAGUUCUCUCAUUAGGACCAAAUCCUUCCAAUGGUAGCUUUACUUGUUCAUGUUGUAUAUUCUUAGUUGGGAACUGGAGUUAGACUUGAUGAUAUUUAUGGAUCCCUUCCAACUUGGGCUAUUCUGUGAUUCUGUGAUCUAGGCUGUACUGAGAGCAACUGAGUGUAGGUACUUGCACUACAGGGCACCAGUAAAGAGAGGUGGGAAAAACAGAUGGCUUUACAUUGAGCUGAUCGUUCUUAAUCAUAGUGUGACGUAUGGUUUCAUUAUGCUAUACUGAAUGGAGAUAGAAGCGUAUUUUGGAACUAGAAAAGACUUUUUUCUUUUGCUCAAGUGCCAGAGGUCUGUGGUUUUGCAAUGGAAAGAUCUGAAUUCUCCUCUUUUUGGUCCAGUGAAACUUUCAGAUGAAACUGGCACAUUCUGCAUGUUCCCAUGCAUCGCUGCUUUGAUUACAAGAGCCUGCUCUGGGUGUGGGCCUCAACACGGGCAGCAGGGAACUAGGGAGGAGCAAGUGGAGCCCAGCAAAAAUAACAUGAGGGUGAACACUGGGUGCCAUGCACUAGCAGCAAGAGAGCUAGCAGAGCUUUACCUUCAGCUGUGCUGUUACAGUUUGAAGGAAGAGAGUAUUUGGAGAAGUAAAAGCUGACAUUUUUCAAAUUGCUAAAAGGAAGCAAGUAUGAUCUGGUGUGCCAAAUCCAAGGACCUUGUUGUCGCAGCCUGUCCUGAUGCAGGUUCCUCUGAAGUGGCAGGCGUUUCGAUGAAUUAGGGCAGCAUCCAGGCUCUCGCUCCUAGGCACACUGUGGGAGCUGCAGGUGGUAGAACCGUUUACCAUUCAUACCUUCCUUCAAGCAUCUGCCCUUUAGCAGACAACAAUAAAACAGUGCUUGCUCCAGUGCGGCUCUUCUCAGCUGCUGCUGGCUAUUCCCCUCUGCGCUCCCUCCUCUAAAGACUUCACCACAGCACUUGGGAGAGUACUGCUGCCAAAGCAGGGCAGAGAAACUCUGUUAUUAGGGUGAGCAUGCUCAAAGCGACCACCUACCCCAAGAAGCUGUUUUCUUCACUUGUUUGUUUUUGCAGCACCCAGAAAGUUGUAGUUUAUGCCACCAGCAGCUACUGCGGUCACUUAAACAGUUAUUUCUAAAGCAGUGGCACGAACUGUUAAAUUAUCUAAAACCAGCAAACCAGUGUUGUGUUUUUUUUCAAAGAUUAGAUAGAAGGAUCAGGAAAAAGCUCUCCCCUGUCAUUCUCCCCUUUUGUUUCUCGUUUUAAUAUUUAAUGAACAUGUGAUAUUGUUUUAAGCUAGUCCUGAUGGUCUUGUGAAGUUAAUAUUUAAAGCAGAUGGCUGCAGUGCUUUAAUAAGACGGUUGCUAUGGAAACACGGUGCUGGGAAAGCAACAGUUUCUGUAGCGCGUGGUCUCACUGAACAUUUUAAAGGCCCUCGAUCUCCGUGUAGCAGGCCCAAGGAGGACUAACUGAGAAAUGGGAGACAGCAUGCCUGCGUGGAGUAUUUACUUCAGCUGGGUUCCUCUUAGAGCUAGCUGGAUAGCUGACAUUUUUGUGGCUUGCUAAAGAGCUGUUUGAAACAACAAGAAACAUGAGAAGAGAGAUAAGCAAAAAUAUUGAUGGGGGAGAGGACUGUGGGCAGGAGGCAGAUCAUUGCAGUUAUCUCUCCUUUGCAAGGUGAAUUGGAUGCAGACAUUAACACAAACAAAUUUAGAAGCACAAAACACCCACAAACAGUUUGCCGAAAUGCCCAAAUAUUUACUUUGCAAUCCUCAUGCUUUCUGUUUAUUUCAUUGUUGCAUAUCUAACCUUGCCUACCAACGAUGUUGCAGCCUAGAACAUAGGGAAGGACACAUCCUGUACUUUCAGGAUUAUGUUUCUUCAUUGCUGCUUCUGGUUUUCUUUAUUCUGCCAAAACUAUUUUAACCUGAAAGUACCUAAAUUCCUCUGUGUGCGCUGAAGAAUCUUAUAGGCUGUGAUACAGACUUUAGAAAUCUUUUUUAAAAUGUUGAUUACAUAUAUAGCUAUGAAUUUGCACUACAUUGGGAUAUUUAGGAGGGAAAAUGGCAGUCUUUGGGGAAGGGGUACUGCUUCUUCAGUGCAGAAGUGGAUAGGAAAGUGCUGCCUCAUCUGCUCAUGGCUUUCCCUCCAGGGAGUUAAGAAGUGGUUUUCAGAAGUUGGGUGCGUACACAGAGAUACUGGUUGUAGAACUGUGAAGCAGGGAAAGUUGCAAAGCAGUCAUGAAAAAAAAAAAAAAAAAAGUAAAAAUACCGUGGAAACAUUGUAAUCUGAUGUAAAGAUAGCACUUGUGAGGAAUAUCCAUCCUUUCAUAAAAUCUGGCGUCUUGCUGGAUCGCGAGUCUUGUGGUAUAGCCAGCAAUGGUGCUGACCUGGACUAGGUUCAGAGGGAACUGGAGACAGCUUGGUUAUUUUCUUUGCUUCAUCCUUUCUCUUGUUUCUUUCUGUUCUCCUAAACUCAGCAAAUGUUUGUGCUUGUGUGGUUUUUGCUUCCCUCUGCACUUUAAAACAGCUUCUCUAACUCCACCUAAUCUGGGUGGAAGGAAGGAUGGAGAAGGAGGAGAGAAAGGAAGGAAGGAAGAAAGGAAGGAAGGAAGGAAGGAAGGAGGGAAAGGGAAGGGAAAAGAAAAAAGAAAAAAGAAAAGAAAAGAAAAGAAAAGAAAAGAAAAGAAAAGAAAAGAAAAGAAAAGAAAAGAAAAGAAAAGAAAAGAAAAGAAAAGAAAAGAAAAGAAAAGAAAAGAAAAGAAAAGAAAAGAAAAGAAAAGAAAAGAAAAGAAAAGAAAAGAAAAGAAAAGAAAGAAAAGAAAAGAAAAGAAAAGAAAAGAAAAGAAAAGAAAAGGAAAGGAAAGGAAAGGAAAAAUUGCUGUGAGGUACACUCCAGUGAUGGGGUUUUCCUCUAUCCUGAGACUUAAUCUGUUGUAUCAGUGCCUGUUUUUCUAUGGUCAUAUCUGAUUACUCUAUGGGCUUUUCCUGUGACUUAAAACUUUAGGAGGAGGAAAACCACAUAUGAUUUAAAAUACCUCCCACUUUUCUACUUUGUCACCACGGUCCUCACCGCCAUCAUCCUCUACACGCAGCCAAAAUGCACCUUGCCUACUUUGUGCCCUCCUUUAACGUCCUUCCUUGGCAGUGUUCAAAUGUUACUCUUCACCUCCCUCAUAGGGCUUGGUUGUGUUUUUAUCUCUCCCUCCCGCUAUCUUCCAGUGAGUAGCACUGCUUUGCAGAGGAGGCUGAACAAGUUGAGAAAUUGGAGAGGUGUUUCCUGCUCUGUUUUUCAUAUCCUCUGCUUUGGUUUGGGAUCACUGACAGUGCGGCAGUAGGGCUGUGGACGAAUACUGUGAUAUCAAGCCUUCAGGUAAUUCUUCAGUACAACAUUCAUGCUCCAUGGAUGAUGAGCUCAACCUCAGACCUACUCCACAUGCACUUACAUGUACACUAAACACAGGCACAAAGCACGAAAACAGACAUAGUAUCUCUGUCUCUAUUUUCAUAACAGGAAUAUUUUUAGGCAUGACAGAUAUUAUGAAGGAACUCUGCCCAGCUGUGCUCAGGAUAGAUGAGGCAUGCUAUUUUAGGUUAUUACAUAGCAGUUCUCAAAAAAGAAAGUUUCGUAGCAGGCAGCCAAAUGUUGGCAGGGAAACCAUUCCCUAGGACACUGGGAGGAGGACCACGAGGGGAGCGGGUGACCCAGUGGCUCCACGUGGAUAUAGCAUCAGUGGCCUCAGGAGGGCUUUCCCCAUCCUGGAGCACCUGCUCCCAGACCCCGUGGCUGCUGCCCUGGGUAGGAUUGCAGUCCCUGCUCUGAGAAGCUUCUUGUCUUUUUCUCUCCCUUCACUGUAAACCUGAACAGGAGCAUUUUUUCCACAGCGAUGAGUUGAUCUCACAAACAGUUCCAUUGACUGCAGGGCAAUCACAGGGGGCUUGAACUGUGUCUGUUUAAGAAGCUCACAGUGUAGCCUUUUGGGAAGGAGCAGAUAACAGUAAGGGGAAUCAAAAGCACAUCAUGUGUUGUUUUAGAGUCUGCUAGAAGGAAGCCCCUUGCACAGCUGAGGCCUGAAGACAUUCCUGCAGUACAUAAACAGCAAAUGAAUAAUCACUGUCCUGCAUAAUCUGUUAAUUAGUCAUAAAUGCAAGUACUGGGUGGAGGUGUGAAACACAGGACUCCGCUGAGUGAGACAAUGUACUGUGGAGAAAAUCCUCGCACCUUUGAGCUUCAAAUACUGCUUUUGUGGUAAAUACAAGAGAUAGAAGAGGCACAGAGUUCUGUGUAGAAAGGUAACAAUUGAAAAAAAAUAAAUAUCAGACUUAGCAUGGCUUGCAGUUAUAACACAUUACCGCUUGUCUGCUGUGUGUGGGCUUCUCACAAACCCUCCCAGAAGCAGCAAAAAGUCCGAUGAUCAGAACCCCUGGGAGCACCAGAAUGCUGAUUAUCUCAUAGUGCUCUGUGUGAGUGCUACGGACCUGGAAACAUUUGACGUUGGUGCAGUCAUAACUAAACGUGAUCCCAUCGCAGUCAGCAGAGCUGUUUGUGGGAUGAGCUCAUCCCCUGUAUGAGUAAGGGGCUUGUCACUCAGCCAGUAGCUGCUGUGGGAAACCUCUGUGGGCUAAGCUGAAAGCUGUUGAGAAGUGGUGGCAUUUAAAUGGCAGACACGGUAGUUCAAGAACAUGGGGAAUGAGAAACUCUGCUUCUAACAUUUCCUGGCACAUGACAAUUUUGAUAAGGGGAUUACUCUAAACAAAAUUCUCAGUCUCGAGUGCGUUCAUCGCUUUAAUUAGACCUAGCGUAGAUGGAAAUUUACAGUCUGCUUAAGCUUCUAUUUAAAUCUCUCUGCUGUGUUCCCUUUGCACACCUGUUUGAAAUAAAGUUUGAGUGGAAAGAAUAACCUCGUGGUACUCUUUCAGCUUCACUCUACCGGAGAGGUGCCUGUGUCUGGAGAAGACAACAAAGAAAGCAGGGCGACUGGCAGCACUUAAAGAACAGACCAACAUAACUCAUUUGUGAUGGUGACCAUCAUAUGAUUGAGCAGAGCACAAAGCCAGGUAACUUGAUGUUAAAGUCUGCAACAUCACUGGCUUUUGGAACAGCUUUGGGUUCAGCAACUUGCCAUGUGUGUCCUUUGCCAGGCAUAGCAAGCCGGUUUGCUUCAUUUCUUGCUAGGAUUUGAAAUUAAAAUGUAGAUUCAAAGCAGAUGGGGAUGUUUCUGCAGCAGCUGAAUAGAAAUACACAGAAAUGGAGACAGCCCCCUCCCCCUCCCAGCAAAGUCAGCGAUCGGCUCACUCGGACAAAGGCCCAUUCUUCUGCAAGCACAUAACAUUAUCUCUGGUGACCGUCUGAAUUUAUGGACUAUUGGGGCAUUGGGUGCAGCGCCGGGAGCCCCGAGGUCAGCAGCACAGAGCUGCUCGCAGUGCACCCUAUGGGAGGAGCAGGGUAACCUCCCUUCAGGAACUCCCUGAGCGCUUGUUUUCCAUACAAAUAAAGGAGAAAGCAAAACAACAACAACAAACCAUAUCAGCAAAACAGCGAAUGACUUCCUAGAUGGCCUCUGCGGCAUCCGACCCAACCUGCCCUGCGCUGGAGCUGCCCAGCACAGCCUGGAUUAAGGCUGGUGAGCACGGACAGCUGCUCAGCCCGUCCCCCUCCCGCACUGACCUUGCGGAGGGAAUCCCUCCCUCUUUUAUCCUCAGAUAAACUCCCGUCGGCAGCACUCGGAAUAACUGUGCCAUCUCUCAGGCACGGCGUGCCUGCAGCUGUCACGCAGUGGUGCAGAGCGCUUUGUUUGCAGCAGGGAGCUGCAAGUCAUUACCUGCCUGCAGCAGGAUCUAUUCAGGGCAUUAGUGCCUCUGAGGGAUUUCUCAGCCUGGGCGCAGGAAGGUUUCUUACAUUUGCAUUUUCUUCUCUGUUAAAUGAACAUUUCAUCGGAUGAUUAGAAAAAAACACCCCAUUCUUUCCCUAGAAGAGAGGUUUCAAUCUGAACACUGAUCUCUGCCACUUCACCCUCGGUGAGCACAUUUUCCUUCUCCAAACUUUGGAUCCCCUCUCAGUUCUCUCUUUUCUUAGAGCUGUUCAGUGCAAUUGGUCUCAGCAGUGAUACUGUGCAUUUUCUCCUUCCCCUGGAAAACAUCUCCCCCAAAGUUUCUGGCUGUUCCUCUCCCCCCUCCUUAAAUAACUCACCUUUUAGGAAAACACAGCUCCCUCCCCUUGUGACACCAUCCUUAUCUCCUCAGUGCACAGCAAGAACAAGAAUUUCAACUCCUUUAGAAGACACCCAUAAACUCAAGGAGAGAAAAACAGAAUCAUAGCAUCACCAAGGUUGGAAAAGACUUCUAGGAUCAUCCAGUCCGACCAUCCACCAAUAUUUUUACACUAAGCAUGUCCCUCAGGACAACAUCUAAAUGUUUCUUGAACAUUUCUCCGGGGGCAGUGACUCCACCACCUCCCCAGGCAGCCCCUCAAGGCCAGCUGUGAAAAAGAUUCUGUUUCUGCAACUCCUGUGCCCAUCUAGAAGGAUUCCUGCUUUCUGUCUGAACUGAUCCCUGUUACAGAGCUUACCCUUGGAAUAACAAGCGUGCUGCUCCACUUGUAUAGUUUGCUACUAAGUGAAGUUACUGCUUUUUAUUAUGACAGAUGUUUCUUUUGCUACAUUUCUAAGACGCUAUAGCUGCAAAAAAUAAUCCCUCUCCCUCACCCCCCAAAAGAUGGUCAGGAUUAUGGUUUUAAAAUUCAUAAGAACAAAAGAAAAAUGCAUACAGAACUUUUGCUGCAGGACAAACAGGAGGAGCACGAGAUUUGUCUGCAUUUUCUUCCUUCCUCAGCAGCUCUCAAUGUUGAAAUGAAAACAACAAAAUCAGUUGGAACCAAACAAAAACCAGAGGACUGCUGAACUGAGGAGAGAGAUUUCUGCCCUUCCAUUGCUGAUUUGGUUUCCAGCUGUAAAACAUUCUGCAAUUCUGCCCGUAAGACAGACCGACUGUGGUCUGCAGUUGUAUGGGAUAUGAAAAUGUAGACUUUUAUGGCUUUGGGGUGUCUUUUUAGGAGUAGCCCUUUUAUAGAAGACUUUGCAGUGCCAAAUCCUCAGGUGCUGAAUCCUUACGCGUGCAGCGAGGCAGCCACAGAUCCGUGGGUGGAUUUGGGAAUACACAUUCAGGAGUAGCAUUGUGCAGGGCAUGGCACUGCAGUGUAGCCACAUGGUGCAUGUUGGUUUUAAAUGAAGGAAUGUACAACUUCCUAUUUGUCAUAUGCCGUGACUCUUAACUAUGCUUGGUGCCAUGACUAAAAGAUAACAAGUGAGAGAACUGUGCAGCUCUUCCCAGCAGGUGAUCUGUGUGACAGCAUGGCUUUGUCAAACAUACUUUCCAGCUACGGUGAAAGAGAGGAUUGAUCUUUGCUCUUUGGAUGGGUCAGGUACUUAAUACUAUCCAUCACUUUUUCUUCAGUCAGAAAUUACAAGUUUAUUUUUUCCUCUUUGAGAAGAUGUGGAAUAUAGAAAAUCGACCUUGAAAUUAAAUGCUUACCAAAAAAAAAAAAAAAAAGAAAAAAGAAAAAAGAAAAAAAAGAAAAAAGCUCACAGAAGAGUUUCCCUUCAAGCAAAGAACACAAAGAAUGCAAAUAAACAUCAUCAUGCAAAGAAAGUCUCAGUAUUACAAAGGAAGAGCACUGUGGGAGUUACUGGGGCAUGACCAAUAUGAAAAAUACCACCACAGCCUACUUUUCCUGUUAUGGAAAGCAGCACCUUGAACUUACUAGAGUUUGUAACGCUGCUGGGUAAAAUUGUGCCUCUGGUCUAGCCAAUAGGAGCUUUCCUGGUCACGGCAACAGACACUACAUUUUAUGGUCUGCUUUUUCCACGUAUACAUAAAUGAUGGCAUAAAUAGAGCAAUAAAUCACUUCACACUUACUUAAGUAGCUUUGUGUUAUGUGAAAGCUACCUAAAGCUAAAUCUGAAACAAUGGCAAGGCCACAAAUGAAUUACAAAGGGUUAACAGGAGCUGUUUCAUGUGCCCCUCUCUUCAGUCAGUGUAUCAAAAAUCCACUGAAAUCUCAAGUCAGCAAAGUUCAUUUGACACUGAGAAGUGUAGCUAUUUCUUCUACAAUGUCUAUGGCUAGCUCAUCCCUGAAUUUCUGGUCAGGAGAAAAUCCUACAUGCUGUGCUACAUGCUGUAUGCUUUCCCAUGCAGUCUGUGGGCACUGCCUUAUGCACGCGUGAGAUGCAGUUUGGGCAGGCAGGUGCACAGUCUCUGCUCCUCAUGCUGGGUCAUCCAUCUGUUUUAGGUAUGUAGAAUGAGAACCAUGCAGGUACAGACUGCCCUCAUGCCCAUCAGCUGCCCAGAGAGGCACUAACAUUUGGCAGAUCGUGUUCUCCAAAUGCUGUUUUUUCUUAGCAUCAUUGGUGGUGACCUGUAUGAGCAAAAUGACUGGCUAGGGCUGGUGCCUGCCCUGUUCCCGCUGGAAUGCAAAAAUGAAGGCUAAGAAUGGUCACAUGUGACUGACCCAGGGCUCUCGAGGGACAGCCAGCCUCAGAGCAGUGCCUUCAGAAAUCCUGCAGCUGGUACGUGGGGUCAAACGAGCACAUCAUAGUGCUCACAGAAUCAUAGCAUGGCUUGGGAUGGAAGGGACCUGAAGGAUCAUCAAGAUUCAACUCCCCUGCUACAGUCAGGGCUGCAGCUGCUAGAUCAAGUAAACAUGGAGUUGCUCUACACUGGAAGACUGGGAGGGUCACGCGGGAGAGUUCCUCUGAAGAUUGAUUGGGAUCAAAGUAUUUCAAUUACUUGAAAAUGAGUGUUGUAGUUGCAAAGCAAGAGCUUAAACUUUCAAUUAAGAAGGGAGGCUUUUCUCAUCAGCCAUCUCUGCGGGAAUUAGCUGGAUUCUCCUGCCUUCCUUGGGCCUUUGAAUAUUAAAAUUCUAAGCAGUAGACAAACAGAGAACAUAGAAAUAAAAUGCUGCAAUCGUUUCAGCGAGAACUUCAUUACGGUCCUCCUCUGACUCCUUGUUACUGACAGUGUUCUUCUUUAAGCAUCCCUUUGCUGGUUUUUAAAGGAAAGCUUUUUAUAACACAUAAAAAGAGCAUCAGCUUUCAGUUUCACCCCUAAUCCCAGGUACUUGCUGUUUCCCAGUUUACAUCAUUUGCUGUGGCUGCUCGUCCCGGGGAGGCUGGCCUGGGUGGGAGCCACACACCGAAGGGACACCUGGGCUGGGUCAGCCAGCCAGCCUCAGUCCUCUCAGCCCCAGGACUAAUUUCAUUGUCCACCUCAAGCUGCAGGUUCUCAUUUCUGUGCUGCCUUCUUCAGUUUUAGCUUCCUGCAGCCCUGUGGAGCACAUUCCCCCAUCCCCAUCCACUUCCUCCCGUUAACCUUGUCACGGAAAACCUCUCUCAAAACCUCUCUUUCUUUCUUGCUGCUUUCUGAAGUCCACCAAACUUUCCUCCAACACAAACAUAAUCAGAGACAAUAGACUGAGAGUUAUUACUGCUGACCACAUAUUUUAAUCUUUUUUAGCGAUUUCCUUUGUAAUCCCGAUCAGGCUUUUCAGCAUUCAACAGAUGCGAGCUCUCUCCAAUGGGUCUCUUCUAAAACAGAACACAAAUCCCUUCCCACCAUCUAAAGCAACAACAGUGCUUACCAGCAUCUAAUUAUUUGCCUGAUAGCCAGUUUGGUCAAACCAGGUUUAAAAUGCUAACAUCAAAUAAAUGCCUCUUAGUCUAUCAUGGAGAUGUUGCUCUUCUGCAAAGCCACUCAUCUUGUAAAGCAGUCCCUCAGCCAUCAGCCCACAGUACUAGGCUGCUUCUAGCAGCAUCUCAAUGUCCUGAACUCACUGGCAGCAGCACUGCUUGAGUUAAAGUGGUCUGUUUUUCUGGUUUAGCUUUUUGCUGAUUUCUGAGUAUCUUGUUUUACAAUAGCCUCCUUCAGGCAAUGGAGGCCAGAGCAAAAUUUAAUCUUCAGAGAGUAUAACAAAAGAAAUCAGCCUGAGUUACCAGAAUAUCAUUAAGUAGUAGCAGCUGUUUUGAGACAUUGAAUAUUUUCAAUGAAGCCAGAAGAACUAAGGCACAGGCUCAUAUUUUAUGCUGCCCGGUUAUAUUGUGGUGUGUGAGGGGUGGGACUCAAAAGAACAAACAAGUAUUUUACUCUGGAGCAGCCAGUGUUCUGCUCAUACAAGUCACUCAUCCUGGUUUUCCUCCAAUCUCCUGUUUAGUUCUAAUUGUAGGUGCAACUAACGUUCCAGGACGUUAUGGACUUGUGGGAAUGGGUCCUCCUGUGGGGGUGUAUAUCUAAACAGCAAUCACAGGCAUCUGACCUCACCAUGCUUUCCACCCUUCUGAGGAACAGUGAAGAUUUAAAAUGCUUCUAUUAAUUUUCACUAUCUGCAGUGAAGAUGUUUACCUUAGCUGAAAAAAGUCCCAGCUACAGUUAAUGAGUUCCAUUUGAGGUAGUCCAGUAUCUCAGAUCUGUACAUAGUUCCCAGCUUUCUAAAAGAGGCCAAGCAUGCGCUGUACUGUGGUGAGCUCUUUGCCCACACUGCUGCUUUGUGCACUAAAAGCACAGCUAUGUUAUGGACGGACAAUAAUCAAUUAGUGAAACGCUAUCUCGUGACUGGGAAUAUGAGGCAGGCUUUGCGGGAACUGACAACGCUUCCUUUAACUUACCCGUCCCUCUGUAGCUCUCCAUAUCCCUAAAUAUCAAAGGUCUUUCAUUAGUCUCAAACUCUCUCAAGCCUGCUUGGCUACUGGGUACCUUGGAAGCCCAUAAACUGAUUGGAGCCGACAGUAGCUGAUGGCAAGUCGCCAGAACGAAGAAGGACCAACUGUUUUCAAAGCUUUGAAAAUAUUUGAAAAGGAACGACAGGGAGAGGAGUGUUGAAGUUCCCUUUAGGACUGUUCAAAUACCGCUCUUCCAAGCGUCAGCUGCGUGUAUCUGAAGGUCUUAACAAGAGUUAAAACACAAUCUGCUGGGUUUUUUCCCUCUCUUUCAGCUUGGCGGCAGUGAAUUUUCUGUCUCUUCAUGUUGCAUCUUGCCAUAAAGAGGAAAAUUUAAACAGGAGAAAGAAUGUGCUUUGAAUUAUUGGAAAUUAAAGGAAAGUGGGAACAGCAGCUCGUUCUGGCACUCCAGCCCUUUCUCAGUACAGUAAUCCCAAUUUUUAUGCAAUCCUAUAAGCUGGUAGAAGGGGGAAGCCUUCAUGUUAGAACUCUGUUUUUAGACAGAAAUCCUGCUUGUGAAAUCCCAACUUGUUCCUGGCUUCCAGUAUCCCUGAAGCACAGGAGAGACAUUCCUCAGAAAGGCAAAUGCAGUAAGCCUCCCUGAAGUAAGCCUUCUCUCUAGGAGCUCUCUAAAUGCUUCCUGCCACGAAAUGAAGUUAUUCGCAUACUGUCCAUUGUCUUUUGAAUGUUAAAGAGCUUUAAGUGGCUAUAGAUAAAAUACGAGUUCUGUGGAAAUGAGGAUAUAGCAGUACAAGAAGGAACUCUCAAAUUGCCCCGGUUUUGUGCAAGAGCAAACUAGAGCCCAUAAUUUGAUCCCUAGGACGGAUGAGUAGCAGCCUUUUAAAGAAAAAGCUAAAAACUCUUGCUAAAUACUAGAAAGAUAAAAUUAGAAUGAUGUGGUGCGGGGGUGGAAUUACUGUAGCCAGGAAGGCAACUACAGACAAUCUGUUUUCCAGGCCAGCCUGAAGAUGGUAGGCUCUAAUUCCUUGACAACUACUGGCAUGGCAUGGGGCACGUGUCUCUUGCCUUACAAUUUGUUUGGGCCCCAGGCCAUUUUAUCUAAGAUUGGUUGAUGACAAAGUUCUUUCCAAACUAGUCUAUUGAGUAUUCAAAAGCAAAGCUCCAUUCCAGCUCUCCAUCUCCAGCCCACAACUGAACAGGAUGGCGGCUAUAUCCAUGCCAGGCAUUUGCAUGCUCAGAGCUGUGGCAAGGCAGCGCCAGGUCCCAUGUUUCUCUCCUAGAGACAAGCUUUUAUCAGGGUAAGAUAUUCCACUGCUCCCGGGUCAUCAGCUGGCUACAGUCAUCAAAAACACCUUGCCUUUCAUCUCUUGUACAUCUGGAGAGGCAAUUGUAGCUGUUUUCCCCGAUGUAGAUUACAGCAUGAUAAUCCACACCAUUGUUGCCUGUAGAUUGCAGCAACCCACAUGAAAACUUCUUCUGAAGACCACACACAAACACAGAGAGAAGCUGAAUGGCAACUGUAGCUCCAGGGAGCAUCUUCUAACAGACCUCUAAAAAUGAAUAAGAUUCUUAUCUUCUGUGGUGCCUUGGCAGCAGUGGAAAUCAGGAGAGAUGUUUGUGCCAGUAGUUCGUGGACUGCAACGUACUGAAGUCAGAGGCUUCAAGGAAGGUCUUUAAAAGUCUUUAAGGAAACAGCCUCUGCUGUAAAGUACUGCUUGAAGUAAUGAGUUGGUUUUGUUGAUUUCAAUGAAAUUUACACCGUCCUUCUCAUGCAGAAGGAAUAAAACUGAGACUUUAAUUACUGAGGGAGAGCCAAGCUAAUUCACACUGGGUUUUAAAUGGUCUACAGGCUUAUAUUAUAGCUGCUUAUAUAUCAGAUGUCUUCAGAUAGAGAAAGUCUAGCAAAAUGUAGCAUGUACGUGAGCACUCCAAGGAACAGACCCUUGCAUUUUGCUGUGUGACCUUGGCGCAUCUGGUCGGGGAACAACUGUGUGCACAGAGAUGCAGUUGGGCAGGAGAUCAGAUGGCACAAACUGGGCUGUUUGUUCUGAUUGAAGGGGAAGCGUUGAUAAGCCUUCAGUGGCACAGGGAAAAUAGCCAUAGCACAGGAGGAAAAACUGCCCUGCAAGCCAGUGAUAGGCAGGAAGAGACAGUUUGAGUUUGUUUUAAAUGGGAGAAGCUCUCUAAUACAUAAGGUCAGUGAAGCACUGUGUGUAACUGGGUUAUCGAGGAAUCUGCAUCGUUUGAGAGCUCUGAGAACAUGCUGGGUUGGGCUAAAACAAGUCUGGCCGGUGCUGUCUGGGGUGGAGGAAUAGGGCACUUAUCUCCUGAGGCCCCUCGCUAACCUACUUCUCCCAUAUGCUUAUGAGCCAUUGGUUUGCGUAUCAUACAAGGCACAGACAGAGCGGAAAAGAAAACAUUACAUGUAGGCAAGAAAACCCAGUUUCCAGUCAAAUCAUACAGUGAUUAAAAUAGCGCAAGAUCCUUCCAAAGCAUGUACCCUCAUUUUGGCUCAGCUCCUCAAUCAUCUCCAUCUGGAAGCAAACCCCCAGGCGAAGUAGGAGCCUAGCAGCACUGGCAUGCAGCAUCUCCCAGAUGGACACACCGACAUCUUGUGGCUCUCUGCCCAGGGAUUCCCAGCACCGGCCUUUGGCACGCUGCAGUGAAAGAGGAAUGCACUUGGAGUUACAGCCUGCCACGAGCAAGGCCAGCAAAAGGGACAAAUGCAUCGUCACCUGGGGGCAUCUGUUGGAGCAGUGCUUGGAGGAACUGACCCCAGUAUGGUCACUACGCUCUCUCCCUGGCCACAGCCUCCUCCCAGCAUGGCCUUCACCUCCAACUUCUGGAGGAAAAAUUUAAGAUAACUGCACUUCAAGUGACCUUUAAGGGUCCCUUCCAACUUCAAAGAUUCUAUAAUUGUAUGAUUCAUCCAAACUCCUGUUUUCAGCAAAACUGGGAGACCCAACUGGAUUUCCUGAUUGAAGUUAAAAGGAUGAUGGAAAGCAGAGCUGUGUAAACGGGUUUUCUGAGGAUGCUGCUGCCUACAGCACUUUUUUUUCUUCUAUUGCUUUUUGUCUCCCCAGAUGCCAAGCAGGACCAUUUCUGUUCCUGUUUUCCAUUGUUAAACAUCACACUGAAAUACUGAAAUCUGUAGCAGGUCUUCAAGUCUACCAGCGUUUUUUCCUUUGGAUCCUUACUUCUUUGUAGAAAGGGGUGAAGAGAGCCAAGAACAUCUCACCCAUUUCUUCGGGUUUCCAAGGAGGAUGCACUGUUUAGCAGGGAAUUGCCUAACUCUGCCAAGAGCUGUGAUGAAAUCAUUAUGGAGAACCGACUUUCAGCUGGUGUCAGGAAGUGAUCAACCGAAGAAAUCCGUGCUGCAUCCAGGUCUGAAGCCAGAUGGACAAAGAUCACAGAAACUGGAAGAUAAUGAUGACACCGACCUCUCGAUACGUUCAGAGGGCAGCCUUGUGGAUGGCCCCGGAGCAGGCCAGAUGGAACAGGACAGAACCAUCCAUGUUGACGGCAAUAGAUUGAGUCCAUUUUUAAUAUCACAACCUUCUCACAUUUGCCAGGCAGACCCUUCUGCAGUGAAGCUACAGAACGGAAGUCCAGCAACAGAGAGGCCUGAGGUCGAAGUCAACGGCAACCACAAGCGGCUGUUCAAUAAGAGCAACUACAGAGAGCCCCACGCAAAGGGAAGCCCAAACCACCGCAUUAGCCCUGACCUUUUACAAGAGAAGAAAGCAUGCUCCAUAUAUAUGCAAAAUGGUGGGAUAAAACGCACUUUUAGUGAGCCCUCUCUGUUUGGACUUCAACAGAGCAAGAAAGUGAAACAAGACAAAGAGGUAAAUGGAGAAAAAGCUGAGCCAGAGGAUAACUAUGAAACACCAAGCAUCUCCAAUUGCUACAGUGAGAAGAAAUCUGAGAUGGGACAAGAAAAUGAAGCUUUGGAGUUGAUGCCGUCAACAAGAUACAACAGUGGUGGUUCAGAAGACCCUCAUGAACUCCUGAUUCAGGAUGAGCAGGAGGGGGAAAACAUUAAUUGCCACAACAGGGACAUUGUCUUACUACUCAAGAACAAGGCGGUGCCAAUGCCUAAUGGUGCUACAGUUUCUGCCUCUUCCAUGGACAGCAUGCAUGGUGAACUCCUGGAGAAAACACUGUCUCAAUAUUAUCCAGAACAUGUUUCCAUAGCAAUGCAGAAGAACACAUCUCAUAUCAAUGCCAUUACCAGUCAGGCUACUAAUGAGUUGUCCCACGAGACAACGCAUUCAUCCCAUACCUCAGGGCAGAUCACUUCCCCACAGACCUCAAACUCUGAGCUGCCUCAAGUGCCAGCUGUAGUGGUUACUGAGGUCUACGGUGCUGAUGACUCCAGUAAGCCACCUGUAUUGCCAGGUAGCUGUUCACUUCAGAAACCAGAACUACAGCUACAGCAGCAGAUUCCAGGCUAUGAUACACACCGGUUACCUUUAGGAAACAGUGCUGUUCAUGGAAGCGUAGGGCAGGUUCCCAAUCAAGACCUCUCUCUAAGUUCCAGCAGUAACCUGCAAGCUCAGAAUGCUGCAUCAGAAAGGUUUUCUGAGCAAGCAGAGAAAAAUGGUGCUUUCUUUACACAGAACUCAAUGUUUCACAAAGAUUCCUCAACUCCUCCUGCUCCAGAAAUGAACAGUGCACUGUCCGUCAUGGUGCGAGAAGGAUGCCAUUCCUAUGACAACAGAUGCAAUGAAACUCUUCCUGGAGAGAUCAAGAACGAAGGGCAACAUCAGGGACCAAUGCCAGAAAGUCCCGGCCUCAACCAACAGCAACUUCACCCCCAGCAAAGGCUUCCGCAGCAGGUGCAAACGUCGCAGCACAAAGUCAGCCACAGCGAUCCCCGAGCUGCUGCAGCCGCCUCCAUUCAGCAGCACCCAGAAGAAAUGCCGCCGCCGCCAUCAGAGCCUCCCCUCCAAAACCUGCAUGCGUGCGGAAGCGAUGGUGAGUUGCCUCAACUGUGUCAGCGUUUCCCAGGACAGAGAGAACCUGAGAUUCCUCCUGACAAAGAAAAGGACCAAGUGAAAGAGUCUGUGCAACAGCCUCAGCGUUACUCAAAGCCAGCCUGGAUAGAAUUGGUUUCCACGCCGUUCCGGCAGGGAGAGCUUCCCCACAAGCCAAACGAAGCAUUACUGCGAUCAAUUCUUCAGUACCAGGCAAAUACAUCCAAAGCAGCUUAUAUGAAACAGUAUGCUGGAAGUCCUGAUGCAUUAAAGGGGCCGUCGGGACAGCCCCAGAGCCAGAAGAUAAUGCAUCAAGAACAAAUUCCCCUGCAGUACAAAAGCGAGAGCUCCCAGAUGCAGCAGCAUCCCACAGCUGACCUGCAGCUGCUGUUCCAAAAGCACUCACCGCAGCCACAGCUCACAAAGAUGGAUUCCCUGCUCAAGUCCCGAGUGCAGCAACACCCUCCACAGCAGCUCCAUUUCCAGCAACAACUUGAACAACAAACUGAACAGCCUUUAGGGGCCCCGCUGAAACAGCAGCACUUGAAUCCCCAGCCAGGGGAAAGUGAACAGUUCUUGCAUUCACACAUUUUGCAACAGAUGCUCCAAAAGCAGACACAGCAGACACAGAUGCCGUGCAGUCCACAGCUAACUCCAAACCAGCAACAGGCUCUGCAAAUGAAAAGUAAAGAACCACCCCAAACUAUUCCCCACUCCCAAAGCAACGCAGAGCAGCAGCCAGACAGGACAUCCUUCAGUCAGCCCAAAGCAGAUGAGUGCUUUCAAACCGGGAAUAAGUACAUGAAACCAACUGCAUUCCCACUGCAUAGCCCUCAGCAAGGGCUAGAGCAGGUACAGAGCAUGAACAACAAAACUCCCCUUUACAGCCAGAAAACAAGCACUGGUCUGCAGCAUCCCUGCCCAAACAACGUGCACUUGAUGUCAGAGAAGAAGGAGAAUGCCACAAAUCUUGAACACUUCGGAGCCAACAAAGCGCGUGACUUGCAACACGUGCAGUAUUUCUCAAAUAACUUGCCCCCCAAGCAAGAUGUGAAUCACUGUUUUCAAGAGCAAGAGCAACAGACGCAACAAGCUUCAGUUAUACAGCUGCCACAAGGCUACGGUGGUAGCCUCAGUCAAGAUCCCCCGUGCCAACAGGCCGCACCGAUGCCCCAGCGGUACUUACCGCACAGCCAGCAAACUCCUGCACACUCACAAGAUCAGAGAGGCUGUCAUUUGCAGAGCCAAGCCCCAAAGGAUUUUCACAAGCACGCUGCUCUAAGGUGGCAUCUCUUACAGAAACAGGAGCAACAAGCAUACCAGCAACCCAAAACCGAGACUGGCGCCGGUGCAGCACGCAAGCCUAUAAAAAUUGAGGCUGGAGCAAAGUCUAACUUUUGCAUGCGUCUGUCAGCUGGGCAGCUGGAAAACAAAAUGUGGAAAAAAACAAUUAAACAAGAGAAUCAGCACUUUGGCUGUGAGAACACACAACAAAAGAGCAUCAUCGAGACAAUGGAACAGCAGCUAAAACAGAUACAGGUCAAAUCACUGUUUGAUCACAAGACUUUUACUGUCAAAUCACCUAAACACGUGAAGGUUGAAACAGCAGGCCCUAUUACCAUCCUAUCCAGAAACACCAGUGCUGCAGAAUUUGAUACUCACACCCCGAUCUUAGAACAGCAAGCAAAUGUGUCUGCUGAGAAAACCCCGACCAAAAGAACAGCUGGAACUGUUCUCAAUAAUUUUUUAGACUCACCUUCCAAGUUAUUGGAUACUCCUGUAAAAAAUUUAUUGGACACACCUGCCAAAACCCAGUAUGAUUUCCCAUCUUGCAGCUGUGUUGAGCAAAUUAUUGAAAAAGAUGAAGGUCCUUUCUAUACCCACCUAGGAGCCGGUCCUAAUGUGGCAGCUAUUAGAGAAAUCAUGGAAGAAAGAUUUGGACAGAAGGGUAAAGCUAUAAGGAUUGAGAGGGUUGUCUACACUGGGAAAGAAGGCAAAAGUUCUCAAGGAUGUCCAAUUGCUAAAUGGGUAGUCCGCAGAAGCAGUCAGGAGGAAAAGCUGCUCUGCCUGGUGCGUGAGCGAGCGGGCCACACGUGCGAGACGGCGGUGAUUGUGAUCCUCAUCCUGGUUUGGGAGGGAAUCCCAACCAGCCUGGCUGACAAGCUCUAUUCCGAACUCACCGACACUCUCAGAAAGUACGGCACGCUCACGAACCGGCGCUGCGCCCUCAACGAAGAACGGACUUGUGCUUGUCAAGGGCUGGACCCUGAAACUUGUGGUGCUUCAUUUUCCUUUGGUUGCUCCUGGAGCAUGUACUACAAUGGUUGUAAGUUUGCCAGAAGCAAGAUUCCAAGAAAGUUUAAGCUGAUGGGGGAUGAUCCUAAAGAGGAAGAAAAACUAGAAUCCCAUUUGCAGAAUCUGUCAACCCUGAUGGCACCCACCUACAAGAAGCUUGCACCUGAUGCAUAUAACAACCAGAUCGAGUACGAACACAGAGCGCCCGAGUGUCGCCUGGGUUUAAAAGAAGGUCGCCCAUUCUCAGGGGUCACUGCCUGCCUGGACUUCUGCGCCCAUGCUCACAGAGACUUGCACAAUAUGCAGAACGGGAGUACACUGGUUUGCACACUAACUAGAGAAGACAAUCGUGAAAUUGGCCAAACACCUGAAGAUGAGCAGCUCCACGUGCUCCCCUUGUACAAAGUCUCUGAUGUGGAUGAGUUUGGAAGCACUGAAGGCCAGGAGGAGAAGAAGAGGAAUGGCAGCAUCCAGGUCCUUACCUCCUUUCGUCGGAAAGUAAGGAUGUUAGCAGAGCCGGUUAAGACGUGCCGGCAAAGGAAGCUAGAAGCAAAGAAAGCAGCUGCAGAAAAGCUUUCCUCCUUGGAGAAUGGGUCUAGCAAAGCUGAAAGAGACAAGUCUGCUGCAGCACGCAACAAACAAGGCAACUCUGAGGCAGCAGGUCAUGCAAAGCAGCUAGCAGAUCUUUUACGUCUUUCAGGACCAGCGACACAACAGCAGCAGCAGCAUCCACAGCGUACUCUCCCUAACAACCCUCAGUCAAAUGCUAUUAACACUUACUCGGGUUCAGGUUCUGCAAAUCUGUAUGUAAGGUUGCCUAAUCCAGCCAGUGCUUAUCCAAGCUCUUCAUACACUUCAGAUCCCUAUGGAGGGUCUGGUGCCAUGAACCUCUAUACCACCUCAUCACAGCCUGCGGGGUCUUAUUUAAAUUCUUCCAGUCCCAUGAACCCUUAUUCUGGAUCAUUAAGUCAAAAUAACCAGUAUCCACCCUAUCAAUGCAAUGGAAACAUACAGAUGGACAACUGCCCCUCUUACUUGGGCUCUUACCCUUCCCAGCAUCAGCACAUGGACUUGUAUAAUUGUCAGAGUCAAGACCCUAUGUCCAAACUAAGCCUACCACCCAUUCAAACAUUAUACCAGCAUAGGUUUGGGAAUAACCAGAGUUUUGGUCCCAAGUACUUGAAUUACGGAAACCAAAAUAUGCAGGUAGACUCUUUCAGUAAUUGCACCAUUAGACCAAAUGUACACCACGUAGGGUCUUUUUCUUCUUACUCCACCCACGAGGCUGACGGUCAUUUUAUGGAGGUUGCCUCAAGGCUAAAAUCUAAUCUGAGUAAUCCAAGCAUGGACUAUGCCUCCAUGAGUAAAACCACUGAACACCAUCACGUGCAACCCCCUCCACAUUUAGCACGCGACUACCAUUCUGCUUCGAGUAUGUUUAGCGGUCCUCCUAAUUCAUUGCAUCUCCAAAAUAAGGAUAGUGAAAUGAUUUCACAUGCAGUAAACGGCUUGUCUAACACGAUUCCAGGUCAGAACCACGAUAGGACUACACCCCAAGGUGGUUUAGAUAAAACAGAUGUGCUGAAUCCUGAAAAAGCUGAGGAUCCCGAUGAAGUCUGGUCAGAUAGUGAACAGAGCUUCCUGGAUCCGGAAAUUGGAGGAGUGGCAGUUGCUCCAUCUCACGGGUCAAUUCUCAUAGAGUGUGCGAAACGUGAGCUCCAUGCAACGACCCCCCUGAAAAACCCCAACAGGAACCAUCCCACCAGAAUAUCCCUUGUCUUUUACCAGCACAAGAGCAUGAACGAGCCAAAACACGGGCUGGCUCUGUGGGAGGCAAAGAUGGCUGAGAAGGCAAGAGAGAAGGAGGAGGAAUGUGAAAAAUACGGUCCAGACUACGUGCCUCAGAAAUCUUACGGCAAAAAAGCAAAGCGAGAGCCUGCUGAGCCACACGAACCCUCAGAACCAACGUACCUGCGCUUCAUCAAGUCUCUUGCACAAAGGACACUGUCGGUCACCACAGACUCCACAGUAACUACAUCUCCAUAUGCCUUUACACGGGUUACAGGGCCUUACAACAGAUACAUCUAACUUCACACCUUUGUUGGUUACCUCAUCUGAAAAAAACAGCUCGUCAGUAGGGUAGUCGUCGCUUAGGUUUUGGGGAAGGCAAGGGUGGAGAAGAAAACAGUGUUGUUAUUAAACUCAUCGGUGGAAAAGGCCUCGGCACACCAGCAAAAAGAGGUAAUCUUGCUAGCGCGCUUAUUUUCCACUGAUUUUUAAGUGGUCACAGAUGGCACGUAGGAAACAAGACCAAAGCAUCCUAUGCAAAAACAGAAACAAAACAAAACAAAGUGUUUCACAAUUUACAUUUGAAAACACUGGCCCCGUUGCUGAAAGAGAUAAUCUGCAAAUGGAUUUUUUUUCCUUCUUACAGUUCUGCACAUCUGUGACCACUUUUAAUGUCAUCAAGUUUGCGUAGUCAUGGAACAGGAGCAAAAAAAUUCCUAUUAAAAAAAAAAAUAAUACUGUAGUAUUACAACUGCAGGAAUCUUAAAAUAACAUCUGGUGCUGAAUCUACGAUGUACUGAAAUACUGGAAUUACGGCUUUUUAACACGCAGUUUUUACUGUAACAUUAUUAGUCUCUUAAUUUUAUUUAAUGAAGUAGAUAACGUAUAAAACGUAAUGAAUAGACAGCAAAACACUGAAUUUGUUUGGAUAUUCUAAAAACCAUGGUGCUAUCUAAGAGAACGGUGUCUUUAUUUUAACAGUCAAACAGUUAAUGCCUUUAUAACAAUUAAAAUGUCAAUGAUGUAUUCAAAUGUUCUUCAACAACAGGGAGGACCUUUUCAUUCAUGUAUGUAUUGAAUUUACCUGGUGUUAAAAUAAGCUUACUUUUUAACGUAUGGGAAUUACGAGGACCUCUGGAUGUUGCUCAUCCAGUCAAGUCCUAGAAAAGGACGAUAAAAUAGAGAGAUAUUUUUUUUUAAAAUAGUGUUUCAAAAGCACUUUGUCUACCUAAGCUUGGCAACUUGAUCAAUGCUGAGGUACUGAGACAUUAAAAAAAAAGACAAAAAAAAAAAAAAAGAGUUUACUUUGAUUUUAAAAUGCAAAGAUAAUUUUUUUAAAAUAAAAAAAAAAAGCUUUUAAAUACUUUUGUUUUAGCCAUGCAUCUGCUAGUGGGCUACAUAUCCAUUUUUAAUACAGUCGGUUAUGGUAAAAAUGGGGCUUACUGGAUAUAAGGGAAUACUUCAGUACACAAAACACACGUUUUUCUGGUGCUCAUCUCACACAGCUAUACUGUAAACUGUUUUCUACAAUUAUUAUGACAAGUUCAUUGCUCAAAUAUGUACAGUUUUAAGGAAAGAAUUUUAUAUUAACCACAGGUAAUAAUUAGCAGCAUGCAACAGACUACAACUAGUUAGCUUGGGCUUCUGCUGUUUUUAAAGAUCUGUACGCUCUUCAACUAUUGAAUGGCAGAUUGCUUUUGUGUUGAUAAUUAUGUACAUUGUGGUGUAAGUCAUUUCCCGGUGCGUCCUCUUUUCCAGGAAGAUUGAGCAGACCGAUGCCUACACAAGAUGAAUGAAACAGGGUUAGUUCUGUGUGAUUCCGUUGAUUAAAUAGAAAAAAAAUAGGCAGCUGGCUUGCUGUGGUGGUUUUAAAUCAUUAAUUUCUAUUAAAAAAAAAAAAAGCAGGAGAGUUGUAUAGUAAAUUAAAUUGUAAACAAGACUUUUUUUAACGCAAUGCUUUAGUAUUUUAGUACUGUAAAAAUAUUAAAUCUAUAUAUAUUUGGGUUUUGAGCUGAAUUCACAUCAUGGUGCUACUCAGCCUGCUACAAAUAUAUCAUAAUGUGAGCUAAAAUACAUUAAAAGGUUUGAGUGAUGUUCCUACUUGUCAUAUACCUCAACACUAGAUUGGCAAUAGGAUAUCGAACUGAGUGUGAAAGUUUAUAUAUUGUAUACCAUCUUUUUCCCCCAAUAGCCUUUGAAAAAAAAAAAAAACAAAACAACAAAAAAAAAACCUCUCUCAAUACUUGACAUUUUUGCAAGUAUAACUUGAACUUCAGCUUUUUUUUUUUUUUGGUUCUAAAAAUUCAGGGAUAUUUCAGCUCAUGUUCUCCUAUGCCAACGUGUCACCUGUGUGUAUGUAAAGCUGUUGUAGGUUAAAUAUAUUAUUCUUGGGUUUUUUGUUUUCUUUUUUUUUUGUUCCGUUUCCUUUUUUCCUUCAGGGAUUUAAUGCUUUUCUUUUGAAUCCCUCCUCUAAUUUCUCUUGUACAUGUAUAGAUGUAACUAAAACUAAUUUUGUAAAUUUGUUAGCUCUUUUUAUCGCGGUGAAAGUGUUUAAGAGAUUUAGAAUGUUUUGCCUGUUUCAAACGAAUAAACAAAAGAAAGUAGAAUGCACUGAGCUGAUUAAAGGGAAAAAACGUAAGGCAGGGGUUUGGCAAGUGACUGUUUGCUAGAGUUUUUCAAGUCACUCUCUAAAGAAGGCUUCUCGGAUACUGUAAUGAAUGAAAGAGAAUAUAAAAAGGUACAGUCUGUACAAGGGCUUCCCUAAACACGCAAACCUCCACGUCCCAGAUAUAUCUUGUGCAAUAUACUGUAAGAUUAAGUUUGGUUGAAAGAAAUUUUAUCUAAGAGAAUCACAAGCUAAUAACGCAAGGAAAUCAAAGGAGGCCUUUGGGUUUAAUGGUCAAAUAUUUAUUAUGGCAAUUUUGCUUUUUUUUUUUUUCCUUAAUUCUCAGUCUGUGACUUUACUCACUGCAUUGAAACAAAAGUUUCACCUUUUUUAAAAGAUAUUUUUUUUAAAUGAUAGUUGUGUCAGAUUAAUUAAAUCAUACAGCUUCACCUGCGGGUGGUUUUGUAUUGUUCAUCCAAUCCAUAGUAGAUGUUUGGUUAAUAGGCCGUGCACCGUCAUUUGCCAAACUGCUGGCAGCAAGAGCGGGAAGCUUAGCUGGCGAAUCACUUAUGUAUUGUAAAUACCCAAACUGUAACUUCUGGUGUACAGAACCCUGCCUCAGUUGGAACGAAUGACAGAGCGGACGUAAAAUUGCUUGUAUAGGAUUAUCAGGUUGACUAUAGCCAUACUUGAAGAUGCUUCUGAGUGGUGUCAACUUUACUUGAAUGAAUUUUUCAUCUUGAUUGACGCACAGUGGUAUAAAGUUCACUUCUAAAGCUAGUGGUUAACUUGUAUAGGAAACUUUAGCAGUUUGACACUAAGGUAAUGAACUUCUGUGUGCAUUUUCUAUGCUUAUGUUCUUUUUUUUAAAAAAAAAAAAACCUUUAGUUUCAUUCAUUUUCAUGAAAUGUUUGGUAUGUCUAUAAAAAGAAUCCAAGGAUGGUUAUAAAUACUGUAAGUAUUGUAAUGUAAUGCAGGUUAUUUGAAAGCUGUUUAUUAUUAUAUCAUUCCUGAUAACGCUGAGAUGUGGGUGUUUUUAAUAAAAUUUAUAUUUAUUUAAUGCACUCUAA